CAACUGUAGAUAGAGUGACAGCAAAUAAAACGCGUUCCUUCAGUAUCUAUAUUUAGUACCUAAAUAAUUUUAUCUGUUUUAGAAAUGUAAGUACGAACCGCCCGCAGAUAAUAAAUAUCCCAGUCUCUUACUAGGAAAGAAUGGCGGGGAAAGUGCAAAAUUAUAAGGGCGAAAUAUGCGAAGUGUGUGUUUUGAGGGGGUAAGUGCGCUGAAGAGAUCGGCGUUUCUGCAGUGGUGGCCCACUUCGACGCUGCAGUCGUGGGGAGACGGUGGAGCAGGAAGCAUAGGCGCCGACAAUCAUCGAUUCCCCUCCCGAACGUUUGCUUUUGCUUCUCGAACUCUCGACCUCGGUAUAGGCUAAAUACCAAAACAAUUCUACUGAGUGAUGAAAUAAUUGUCGUCAUUUAUGACAUAAAACAUUGGAUAUUCAGUGAACCAAGAUGCCGUUAAUUGCGAUACCAUCAAAGUGCUUGUCCCUACAUUUUAAUCGAGUUCGAUUUUAAUAAAACAACUUUCUUCAGCUGUAGAGGAUGGCUGACAGCGAAGGAGGCUCGGAGCAAGAUGAUGUUUCAUUUCUUCGAACAGAAGAUAUGGUGUGCUUGUCAUGCACAGCCACCGGUGAAAGAGUGUGCUUGGCAGCCGAAGGCUUCGGCAACAGACAUUGUUACCUGGAAACCAUAGCAGAUAAGAACAUCCCACCUGACCUGUCACAAUGCGUGUUCGUAAUAGAACAAGCCUUGUCAGUUCGCGCUCUUCAGGAACUAGUCACCGCUGCCGGCUCAGAGACGGAACAAGAAUCUCUCGGUAAAGGUACUGGAUCAGGCCACAGAACUCUGCUAUAUGGCAAUGCCAUUCUUCUUCGACAUCAGAAUAGUGAUAUGUAUUUGGCCUGUUUAUCAACCAGCUCUUCCAAUGAUAAAUUAGCCUUUGAUGUGGGUCUCCAGGAACAUUCCCAAGGUGAAGCCUGUUGGUGGACUGUUCAUCCUGCAUCAAAACAAAGAUCUGAGGGUGAGAAAGUGAGAGUUGGUGAUGACCUUAUUUUAGUGUCUGUAGCCACAGAGCGAUAUCUACAUACAGCAAAAGAAAAUGACUUGUCUGUAGUGAAUGCAUCUUUCCAUGUAACUCAUUGGUCUGUGCAACCAUAUGGAACUGGCAUUAGCAGGAUGAAGUAUGUAGGUUAUGUCUUUGGUGGUGAUGUAUUAAGGUUCUUCCAUGGAGGUGAUGAAUGUCUCACCAUUCCAUCUACUUGGACUGAUCAACCUGGUCAAAAUAUUGUUAUUUAUGAGGGUGGCAGUGUAAUGAGUCAAGCCAGAUCACUGUGGCGACUUGAGCUGGCUAGAACCAAAUGGGCUGGUGGCUUCAUCAACUGGUAUCAUCCAAUGAGAAUCCGUCAUCUUACCACUGGCCGAUAUUUGGGAGUAAAUGAGAACAAUGAGCUGUAUCUGGUAAAAAAAGAUGAUGCUACACUUGCCACAUCCACAUUCUGCCUGCGACAAGAGAAAGAUGAUCAGAAAGUGGUCCUGGAAGAAAAAGACCUGGAAGUUAUUGGUGCUCCCAUCAUCAAGUAUGGUGAUAGUACUGUAAUUGUACAACACUCAGAAUCAGGACUGUGGCUGUCAUAUAAGUCUUAUGAGACAAAAAAGAAAGGAGUUGGUAAAGUUGAGGAGAAGCAAGCUAUACUCCAUGAGGAAGGAAAGAUGGAUGAUGGCUUAGAUUUCAGCCGCAGUCAGGAAGAAGAAUCAAGAACAGCUCGUGUGAUUCGAAAGUGCAGUUCCCUCUUCACCAACUUUAUCACGGGCCUGGAAACUCUACAGCUUAACAGACGUGCAUCCGUGUUCUUCCACUGUGUGAAUUUAGGUGAAAUGGUGAUGUGUCUUGAAGAUCUGAUUAACUAUUUUGCACAACCUGGAGAAGAAAUGGAACAUGAAGAGAAACAGAAUCGUCUUCGUGCCCUAAGGAAUCGGCAGGACCUAUUCCAAGAAGAAGGCAUACUGAACCUAAUUCUAGAAGCCAUUGACAAAAUUAAUGUAAUAACCUCUCAAGGUUUUCUGGUGGCUUUGUCAGGUGAUGAGGCAGGCCAGAAUUGGGAUGUUAUUUCUGGAUACUUGUAUCAAUUGCUUGCUGCAAUCAUCAAGGGAAAUCACACUAAUUGUACCCAGUUUGCAAACACAAACAGAUUGAACUGGUUGUUUAGCAGAUUGGGCUCACAGGCUUCUGGUGAAGGUACUGGAAUGUUGGAUGUGCUGCAUUGUGUGCUAAUUGACUCUCCUGAAGCUCUGAACAUGAUGAGGGAUGAGCACAUUAAAGUUAUUAUCUCCCUACUGGAGAAGCAUGGCCGAGAUCCAAAGGUCCUUGAUGUGUUGUGCUCAUUGUGUGUUGGUAAUGGUGUUGCAGUCAGAAGUUCACAGAACAACAUAUGUGAUUUCUUGCUGCCAGGCAAGAAUUUGCUGCUGCAGACACAGCUGGUGGACCAUGUUGCAAGUGUGAGACCAAACAUCUUUGUGGGACGAGUAGAAGGAUCUGCUAUGUACCAGAAGUGGUAUUUUGAAGUGACAGUAGACCAUGUUGAACAGACAACUCAUAUGAUGCCACACCUAAGGAUUGGCUGGGCCAACACUGCUGGGUAUGUACCUUAUCCAGGUGGAGGUGAGAAAUGGGGUGGCAAUGGUAUCGGUGAUGACUUGUAUUCCUAUGGUUUUGAUGGUGCAAGCCUUUGGAUGGGUGGCCGCAAUACUGUUGUGAUACCAGAUGCAAUGGAGCCUUGUAUCAAGAAAGGAGAUGUGAUUGGCUGUGCACUGGAUUUAACAGUUCCAGUAAUAACAUUCACAUUCAAUGGACACAUUGUGAAAGGAUCAUUCAGGAAUUUUAACUUGGAUGGCAUGUUCUUCCCAGUAAUUAGCUGCUCUUCCAAACUAAGCUGCCGAUUUCUUCUUGGUGGUGACCAUGGCCGCUUGAAAUACAUUCCUCCUGAGGAAUUUUCACCACUAGUUGAAAGCCUGCUGCCACAACAAGUGCUCUCAAUUGAUCCAUGUUUUUAUUUUGGAAAUCUUAACAAGGUUGUCCUUUCUGGACCUUGGCCUGUGGAAGAUGAUACUGCAUUUGUGCCAACACCUGUUGACACUACAACUGUAACACUUCCAAGUUAUGUGGAGAGUAUAAGAGACCGUCUAGCAGAAAACAUUCAUGAAAUGUGGGCUAUGAAUAAAAUUGAAGCUGGUUGGCAGUAUGGUGAAAGACGAGAUGAUGUGAGGAAAAUUCAUCCGUGUCUCAUUCAGUUUGAGCGGUUACCACCAGCUGAGAAACGUUAUGACUCCCAGCUUGCAGUACAAACAUUGAAAACUAUAUUGGCAUUGGGAUACUACAUAACAAUGGAUAAGCCUCCAUCUCGAAUAAAAUCUCUUCGUCUUCCAAAUGAACCAUUUCUACAGUCCAAUGGCUACAAACCAGCUCCACUGGAUCUUGGUGCCAUAACGCUCACUCCUAAGAUGGAAGAACUGGUGGACCAAUUGGCAGAGAAUACCCAUAAUCUGUGGGCAAAGGAACGAAUUCAGCAGGGAUGGACUUAUGGGUUAAAUGAGGAUUCCGAUAUGAAGAGGAGUCCGCAUCUGGUUCCUUACAGUAAAGUGGAUGAUGCUAUCAAGAAAGCAAACCGGGACACUGCAAGUGAGACAGUUCGAACAUUGUUGGUAUAUGGUUACAACCUUGAUCCUCCAACUGGAGAGCAACAUGAAGCCUUACUUGCUGAAGCAGCAAGAAGUAAGCAUAUGGCAUUCAGAACCUACAGAGUAGAGAAAAACUAUGCAGUCACUACAGGAAAAUGGUACUUUGAAUUUGAGAUCAUGACUGCAGGCCCAAUGCGUGUUGGAUGGGCACGUGCUGAUUGCAGUCCAGGGUAUCAGUUGGGCAGUGAUGAAUAUACAUGGGCAUUUGAUGGAUAUAAUGAAGAAAAGCUUUAUUGUGGGUCAGCUGAGUCAUUUGGCAAACAAUGGCAAGUGGGAGAUGUGGUCGGAGUAUUCCUCGACCUAAUUGAUCGUACUAUAAGCUUCUCACUAAAUGGUGAGCUUUUAAUGGAUGCCCUGGGCGGUGAGACAUCAUUUGCAGAUGUUCAGGGUGAUUCAUUUGUUCCUGCUUUUACAUUGGGAGUUGGCCAAAAAGGCAAGCUUACAUUUGGGCAGGAUGUAAACACGCUGAAAUUCUUCACCAUGUGUGGCCUUCAAGAAGGAUAUGAACCUUUCUGUGUCAAUAUGAAGAGACCUGUAACAUACUGGUACACGAAGGAUCAGCCAAUAUUUGAGAACACUGAAGACUUUGUUGACACAAGGAUUGAUGUGACAAGAAUACCAGCAGGAUCAGAUACACCACCUUGUAUGAAGAUUAGUCAUAAUACUUUUGAGACCAUGGAAAAGGCUAACUGGGAGUUUCUCAGACUGUCAUUACCUGUCAUAUGUCAGUCAAUAUUCAUAGAUGAGGAAGAAAAAAUCAGACGAUGGCAAGAGAUUAAGAUUCGCCAGCAUCGACUUCUUGCUGAGGCUGAUCAGACGCACCCAGCACAUAUAGAACAGAUCAUGAAGUCUGGUUUCACAAUGAAUGACAUUAAAGGUCUUCAGCGAGGGUAUUCAGAAGAUGCUGUUGAAGCAGAUGAACUCAUAAUGAAUGGACCAUCGCCAGAUUCUCCUCCAAGCAAGCUGAAGCACAAACCAUCCAGACCGCCCAGGAGAGGCUCACUUUCUCGAAACACCACAUAUGACAAAAUGGAAAAUAUGCAACUGAACGGAACAUUAGAACCAGGUAAAAUGCAACGAUCCACAAGUGAUGUAGACUUAAACCUGUAUAAUGGUGCAGAUCGAAUGAUCAAUAAUCAGGAAUCGGUGAAAGAUGAUAAGAAGAAACGAGGACGUUCUCCUUUCAGAUUCUUCUCUCGUAAGCGUGAUGCCAGUGGUGAUCGUCUGAAGAAAGGAAAAACUCCAGAACGAGCUAUGGAUGGAGACAUAAGUCCUGAUAGAAAACCCAUUGGUAUGGGCCGGACUAGCACACUACAUGCGCGAACACCACACGUGAGAGUCUCACAGACGGAUUUAAAAAUUAUUCCGCCUUCCAUCCCAGAUAGAAGUCCAAAGGUUAUGUCUGUCCCAGUUGCCACAGGAUUAGAAUCUAUUGGCAAUGAGAUCUUCGAUGCUGAAUGUCUCAGACUUAUAAAUGAGUACUUCUAUGGUGUGAGGAUCUUCCCUGGACAAGACCCAACACAUGUCUAUGUGGGCUGGGUGACAACACAGUAUCACUUCUUCAGCAAUGAAUUCAAUCAGAGCAGUGUUCGCAGAGCUUCUGUUAUGAUUGUAGAUGACCAUGAAAGGAUACUUGAAAGAAUUGAUCGUCAGAGUUGCUACAUGGUCCGAGCUGACGAACUGUACAACGAAGUAACUCAUGAUGCAUCAGGCAAAGGGGCAUCUCAAGGAAUGUUUGUUGGUUGCUUUGUUGACACAGCAACUGGCUGGAUCACCUACACUUGUGAAGGAAAGGAAACCAGCCGCAGGUUCAAGAUGGAACCUGAAACAAAAGUUUUCCCUGCCAUCUUUGUGGAAGCAACUAGCAAAGAAGUUUUGCAAAUUGAGUUGGGUAGAACAUCAACCACUCUACCUCUUUCAGCAGCUCUGCUUCAGAAUUCUGAGAGGCAUGUUAUACCACAGUUUCCACCAAGACUUAAGGUGCAGUGCUUGAAACCUCACCAGUGGGCACGAGUUCCUAACCAGUCCUUGCAAGUACAUGCCCUGAAACUGUCAGACAUUCGUGGUUGGAGUAUGCUUUGUGAAGACCCUGUGUCCAUGUUGGCACUUCACAUUCCAGAAGAAGAUAGGUGCAUUGACAUAUUAGAAUUAAUUGAGAUGGAACGUCUGCUGAGUUUUCAUGCCCACACUCUUACCUUGUAUGCCGCACUCUGCUACCAGUCCAACUAUCGUGCGGCUCAUGCCCUCUGUCUCCAUGUAGACCAGAAACAGCUUUUAUAUGCCAUAUGUUCAGAGUACAUGUCGGGGCCCCUGCGACAGGGCUUUUAUGAUUUGCUCAUUGCACUCCAUUUGGAGUCACAUGCUACAACUAUGGAAGUUUGUAAGAAUGAAUAUAUCAUUCCAUUGGGUCCAGAGUUGAAGGGAUUGUAUGACGAUCCUGAAAUGGGUCACAGUUUACGUUCACUCAGAACAGAAUCAGUGAGACCACAGAUGAAGAUGACCGACAUUGCUGAGACAGUUGACAACAUCAAGAGCCUGUACAGUCCCUAUUUCCCUCUGGAUGUGGUAAAGAAUUUUGUAAUGACAGCUUUAGAUGAGGCUGUGCAAAUAAAUCAGGUACACAACAGGGAUCCCAUUGGAGGCAGUAAUGAGAACCUCUUCCUACCCUUAUUGAAAUUAGUGGAUCGUUUGUUACUGGUUGGAAUGCUGACUGAUGAGGAUGUCGUUAAGUUGCUCAUCAUGAUAGACCCAGAGACGUGGGAUGACUCAUUCCAGAAAGAUGGUAAGGAUGAGCAUAGGAAGGGCUUGCUACAUAUGAAGAUGGCUGAAGGAGCUAAACUUCAGAUGUGCUACUUACUUCAGCAUCUUUGUGAUAUUCAGUUGCGGCACAGAGUGGAAUCCAUUAUUGCCUUCAGUCAUGACUUCAUUGGUGAUUUACAAACUGAUCAACUUAGAAGAUACAUUGAAAUCAAGCAAUCUGACUUGCCAUCAGCUGUUGCAGCUAAAAAGACCAGAGAAUUCAGAUGUCCACCUCGGGAACAAAUGAAUGCAAUUCUUGGCUUCAAGAACUUGGAAGGAGAAGACAGGGAAAACUGUCCCUGUGGAGAAGACCUGAGUGAGCACCUGACAAAGUUUCAUGAGAAACUUAUGUAUUAUGUUUCACUAAGUGCUUUACAGGAGCCUGAGGAACCUGAGGAACCUGCUGCAGGUGCUGUAAAGCCUGGACCAUUUAAGCGUUUGUGUAAUAUUAUAAAUGCUGUGAAAGAAUUGGAAAUAGAGCCUAAAGAAGAGGAUGAGCCACAAAAGAAAUCACCUGAAGAGGUAUUCAGAAAGAUACUGAUUAGCACCAUAGUAAGAUGGGCUGAGGAGUCACAGAUUGAAACACCUAAGCUUGUACGAGAAAUGUUCAGCUUGUUGGUUCGGCAGUAUGACAGCAUUGGUGAGCUCAUUAGAGCACUGCAGAAAACAUACGUCAUUAACAGUAAGACAAAGGAUGAUGUUUCUCAAAUGUGGGUCGGUUUAAGUCAGAUAAGGUCUCUCUUACCUGUGCAAAUGUCGCAAGAAGAGGAGGGGCUUAUGAGAGAGCGACUGUGGAAGCUGGUGAACAACCAUACAUUCUUCCAGCAUCCUGACUUGAUAAGAAUCUUACGUGUCCAUGAGAAUGUGAUGGCAGUGAUGAUGAAUACUCUUGGCAGACGAGCUCAGGCCCAAUCAGAUACCCAAGUACAAACUCAAGCCACAGGCCAAGAAGGAGAAGCACCUCCAAAGGAGAAGGAUACCUCUCAUGAGAUGGUGGUAGCUUGUUGCCGAUUCCUGUGCUACUUCUGCAGAACUUCACGCCAGAACCAGAAAGCCAUGUUUGACCAUUUCGCAUUUCUUUUGGAGAACAGUAACAUCCUUCUGUCAAGACCAUCUUUGCGUGGGAGUACACCUCUAGAUGUGGCUUAUUCCUCCCUGAUGGAGAAUACUGAACUUGCACUGGCACUUCGAGAACACUACUUGGAAAAAAUUGCUAUCUAUCUUUCUCGUUGUGGUUUACAAUCCAACUCGGAGCUUCUUGAGAAAGGCUAUCCAGACCUAGGUUGGGAUCCAGUGGAAGGAGAGAGAUAUUUGGAUUUCUUACGAUUCUGUGUCUGGGUCAAUGGUGAGAGUGUGGAAGAAAAUGCCAACCUUGUAAUUCGUCUUCUGAUCCGUCGGCCAGAAUGCUUAGGUCCUGCACUGAGAGGUGAAGGAGAAGGAUUGCUGAGAGCCAUCAUUGAUGCCAACAAGAUGUCAGAGCGCAUAGCUGACAGAAGGAAGUUGAUGGAUGAAGCAGAAGGAACAAUGUCAGUACUGCAGUUUGAACAUCCACUGCCAGAGAGUGAUGAAGAUGAAGAUUACAUUGACACUGGAGCAGCCAUUCUUAACUUCUACUGUACUUUGGUGGAUCUUCUUGGUCGCUGUGCUCCAGAUGCUUCUGUCAUUGCACAGGGGAAAAAUGAGUCUCUCCGAGCAAGAGCCAUUCUGCGGUCACUGGUGCCUCUGGAAGAUCUACAAGGGGUACUGAGUCUGAGGUUCACUCAGACAAAUCCUGCAGCAGGAGAGGAACGGCCUAAGAGUGACAUGCCAUCUGGUCUCAUUCCUGGCAAUAAACAGAGUAUAGUUCUCUUCCUUGAGAGAGUGUAUGGUAUUGAGACUCAAGAAUUGUUCUAUAAGCUCCUGGAAGAUGCGUUCCUUCCUGAUCUCCGAGCGGCCACCAUGUUGGACAGGAAUGAUGGCUAUGAAUCUGAUAUGGCAUUAGCAAUGAAUCGUUACAUUGGCAAUUCCAUCUUGCCACUUCUUAUCAAACACUCUUCAUUCUACAAUGAAGCUGAUAAUUAUGCCAAUUUAUUGGAUGCCACCUUGCAUACAGUUUAUAGGCUGUCCAAAAACAGAAUGCUUACCAAGGGUCAGAGAGAAGCUGUAUCAGACUUUCUCGUGGCACUUACCAGUCAAAUGCAACCAAGCAUGUUACUGAAGUUGUUGAGGAAACUAACCAUUGAUGUUUCCAAGCUGACGGAGUACACCACAGUAGCACUGAGGUUGCUGAUGCUGCAUUAUGACAGGUGUGCCAAGUAUUAUGGUUCUACAUCAGGACAAGGGAUGUAUGGUGCUUCCAGUGAUGAAGAGAAGAGGUUGACUAUGAUGCUCUUCAGCAACAUCUUUGAUUCUCUCUCUAAAAUGGACUAUGAUCCAGAGCUGUUUGGAAAAGCACUUCCAUGCUUGACUGCCAUUGGUUGUGCUCUGCCACCAGACUACUCUCAGUCCAAAAACUAUGAUGAUGAAUGGUACAGCUCAAAGACAGGUGCAGAUCCUGAUGGUCCUUAUAACCCACAGCCUAUCAACACCAGCAGUGUGGCCUUAAACAAUGAUCUCAACAAUAUUGUUCAGCAAUUCUCAGAACAUUAUCAUGAUGCAUGGGCUAGUAGGAAACUGGAUAAUGGUUGGGUGUAUGGAGAGCAGUGGUCUGAUGCUAACAAGACUCACCCUCGCUUGAAACCAUAUGGCAUGCUGAAUGACUAUGAGAAAGAGCGUUAUAAGGAACCUGUGAGAGAGUCCUUGAAGGCCCUGCUUGCUAUUGGUUGGACUGUAGAGCACUCUGAUGUUGAAGUACCAUCAAACAAUAGAAAUUCCACAAGAAGAUCAUCCAAAACAAACCCUGUUGACAAAGCAACGCCAUUUAACUACCACCCUCACCCAGUAGAUAUGACUAACCUCACUCUAAGCAGAGAGAUGCAAAACAUGGCUGAGAGAUUGGCUGAAAACGCUCAUGAUAUCUGGGCAAAGAAGAAGAAGGAAGAGCUCACGACUUGUGGAGGAGCUGUCAGUCCACAGUUGGUGCCAUAUGAUUUGCUGACUGACAAGGAGAAGAAAAAGGACAGAGAGCGUUCACAGGAAUUCCUCAAAUAUCUACAGUACCAAGGCUACAAGCUACACAGGCCCAACCGUGGUGGUGGAACUGAAUCAGAACAAGCAGCUACAGGAGCUGCAGUGGAACUAAGGUUUGCAUACAGCCUGCUGGAAAAACUUAUACAGUACUUGGACUCAGCUUCCAUCAAUAUGAAACUUCUUAAACCAUCAAGCACUUUCAGUAGAAGAAACAGCUUCAAAACUUCCACAAGGGACAUUAAAUUUUUCUCAAAGGUGGUGUUGCCGUUGAUGGAAAAAUAUUUCAGCACUCAUAGAAAUUACUUCAUUGCUGUAGCAACUGCUACUAACAAUGUAGGGGCUGCAUCUCUGAAGGAGAAAGAAAUGGUGGCCAGUUUGUUUUGCAAACUUGCCAACCUGCUACGUUCCCGCCUGGCAGCAUUUGGAGCUGAUGUGCGCAUUAGUGUCAGAUGUUUACAAGUGUUAGUAAAGGGAAUUGAUGCCAAAUCACUGGUGAAGAACUGUCCAGAAUUUAUUCGUACAUCAAUGUUGACUUUCUUCAAUAACACAGCAGAAGAUCUGGCACACACUAUACAGAAUCUGCAUGAUGGCCGUUACAGCCAUUUGAGGGGCGCUCACUUGAAAACGUCUACAUCUCUGUUCUACUUAAAUGGUGUCAUUCUACCAGUUCUGACCUCCAUGUUUGAUCAUCUAGCAGCUUGCGAGUACGGAAGUGAUCUACUAUUGGAUGAAAUCCAAGUGGCUUCUUACAAAAUGCUGGGCAGUUUAUAUACAUUGGGGACUGAUGGAUCUUUGACAGGAGACAGGAAAUAUUUGAAGACUGAAAUUGAGAGGCAUCGUCCUGCUCUUGGGAGCUGCCUAGGAGCUUUCUCCUCAACAUUCCCAGUUGCUUUCUUAGAGCCUCAUCUCAACAAGCACAACCAGUUCUCCCUUCUCAACCGCAUUGCGGAUCAUUCCCUGGAGGCACAGGAUGUGAUGGCCAGGAUGGAGGCUACUAUGCCAACACUAGAGGCUGUUCUCACAGAAGUGGACCAGUUUACUGAAUCAGAGAAAAGUUACGCAGAUGCUCCCCAUGUUAUUGAUGUUAUUCUACCUUUACUUUGUUCAUACCUUCCAUUCUGGUGGUCACAAGGACCAGACAAUGUCAGCCCCACAGGAGGAACACACGUGUCCAUGGUGACAAGUGAACAUAUGAACCAGUUACUGAAGAAUGUUCUGAAUCUUAUCAAAAAGAACAUCGGUAAUGAAAAUGCUCCAUGGAUGACAAGGAUUGCAGCAUACACACAGCAAAUUAUCAUCAAUUCAUCUGAAGAACUGCUGAAAGAACCAUUCCUUCCUUUGGCUGAACGUGUAAAGAAACGAACUGAUAAUAUGUUCCACAAAGAAGAAUCACUGAGAGGAUUCAUUAAGUCAUCCUCUGAUGACACUUCUCAGAUUGAGUCUCAAAUUCAGGAAGACUGGCACCUGCUAGUGAGAGACAUCUAUGCCUUCUAUCCACUUCUUAUCAAGUAUGUUGAUCAGCAACGUAACCACUGGCUGAAGAACAAUGUGGUGGAAGCUGAGGACCUAUAUAACCAUGUUGCAGACAUCUUCAACAUUUGGUCCAAGUCACAAUACUUUAUGCGUGAGGAGCAGAAUUUCAUAUCCGCUAAUGAGAUUGAUAACAUGGUACUGAUCAUGCCUACAGCAACUCGCAGAUCCGCUGUUGUUUCUGAAGGUGGGCAAGUUGCUGGAGGAAGUAAGAAAAAGAAGAAACAUCGUGAUAAGAAGCGUGAUAAAGAUAAGGAACUGCAGGCUAGUUUGAUGGUUGCCUGUCUCAAGAGACUUCUGCCAGUUGGUCUCAACCUUUUUGCUGGUAGAGAACAGGAAUUGGUUCAGCACUGCAAGGAUCGUUUCCUCAGGAAACUGCCAGAGAGUGACAUAAUGGAAUUUGCCAAAAUACAACUUACUCUUCCUGAUAAGAUUGAUCCAGCAGAUGAAAUGUCAUGGCAACAUUAUCUUUACUCCAAGCUUGGACAGAAGAAGACUGAUGAGGAAGGCAAGCCCAUGAAAAUAGAUGACAUUGUUGAGAGGAUUGUUGCAAUGUCAAAGGUUCUAUAUGGACUGCACAUGCAAGCAAACAAACCGUCAUCUAACCGUUCAUGUUGGAAAAGAGUACUGUCUGCAGCACGCAAAAGAGCAGCUAUUGCCUGUCUUCGUAGUGAACCGCUCUACAUGCUUAGGAGGCAUCGGGCAAUCAACAUUUUUAUUCGAACAUACCAUGAACUGUGGUUACAAGAUGAAAAUGUGGGCCAGGAAGUCAUGAUUGAAGAUCUCACACAAUCAUUUGAAGAUGCAGAGUUGAAGAAAUGUGACGAGGUAAAGGAAGAAGGAAAACCAGAUCCCCUGAACCAACUUGUUACCACAUUCUGCCGAGGGGCAAUGACAGAGCGCAGUGGAGCUUUGCAAGAGGACCCACUGUACAUGUCAUAUGCUAAAAUCUCUGCAAAGUCAUGUGGUGAGGAAGAAGAGGAAGGAGAAGAAGAAGGUGGGGAUGAAGAAGGAGGUGCUUCCAUUCAUGAACAAGAAAUGGAGAAGCAAAAGUUACUGUUCCAUCAGGCAAGGUUAGCAAACAGGGGUGUGGCAGAAAUGGUACUCCUCCACAUCUCAGCAUGCAAAGGUGUUCCUAGUGACAUGGUCAUGACAACACUGCAGUUGGGCAUUGCAGUUCUUCGAGGAGGCAAUGUUGACAUUCAAAUGGGAAUGCUGAAUCACCUUAAAGAAAAGAAGGAUGUUGGUUUCUUUACUUCCAUUGCUGGUCUCAUGAAUUCUUGUAGUGUGCUGGAUCUGGAUGCCUUUGAACGCAAUACCAAGGCAGAGGGUCUGGGUGUAGGUUCAGACGGAGCAGCUGGAGAGAAGAACAUGCAUGAUGCUGAAUUUACUUGUGCUCUCUUCAGGUUCAUUCAACUGACCUGUGAAGGUCACAAUCUUGAGUGGCAGAAUUAUCUGAGAACUCAGGCUGGGAACACAACUACGGUCAAUGUUGUUAUCUGCACAGUUGAUUACUUGCUAAGGCUUCAGGAAUCUAUCAUGGAUUUCUACUGGCAUUAUUCUAGUAAAGAGAUCAUUGAUCCAGCCGGAAAAGCAAAUUUCUUCAAAGCUAUUGGGGUAGCAAGUCAGGUAUUUAACACACUUACUGAAGUGAUCCAGGGUCCAUGUACACAGAAUCAGCAAGCCUUAGCUCACUCAAGGUUGUGGGAUGCUGUUGGAGGUUUCUUGUUUCUCUUCUCACACAUGCAGGACAAGCUAUCAAAACAUUCAAGCCAGGUAGACUUACUGAAAGAACUUCUCAAUCUUCAGAAGGACAUGAUAACUAUGAUGCUGUCUAUGCUUGAAGGCAACGUUGUCAAUGGCACAAUUGGUAAACAGAUGGUGGACACCUUGGUAGAGUCAGCAUCUAAUGUUGAGUUGAUCCUGAAGUACUUUGACAUGUUCUUGAAGCUCAAAGAUUUAACAUCAUCAGCUAGCUUCCAGGAAAUUGAUGUUAACCAUGAUGGAUGGGUUUUUCCAAAGGAUUUCAGAGAAAAAAUGGAGCAACAAAAGAGCUAUACUCCUGAAGAGAUCAACUUCUUGUUGAUGUGUUGUGAUACAAACCAUGAUGGUAAGAUAGAUUACGUAGAAUUCACAGAUAGGUUCCAUGAUCCUGCCAAAGAAAUUGGCUUCAACCUUGCUGUACUGCUUACCAACUUGUCUGAGCACAUGCCUAAUGAACCAAGGUUGGCCAGAUUCUUGGAAACAGCUGGCAGUGUCCUCAACUACUUCGAACCAUUCCUAGGGCGUAUUGAAAUCCUUGGUGGCAGCAAGAGGAUAGAGAGGGUGUACUUCGAAAUCAAGGAAUCUAACAUUGAACAGUGGGAAAAGCCACAAAUUAAGGAAUCGAAACGCGCAUUCUUCUACUCCAUUGUUACUGAAGGAGGUGAUAAGGAGAAGUUGGAAGCAUUUGUGAAUUUCUGUGAGGAUGCCAUUUUUGAAAUGACACAUGCCAGUGGGCUGAUGGCUGUAGUGGAGAGCUCUGGAGGAGGAAAGGCAAGGGAAGCCUCAUACAGUUACAUGACAGAAGAAGAUGAAGAACGCGCUGCUAAGGACCCCAUCCAACGAGGCAUCCAAACUACAAAGGAUACUUUGUACUUCUGUAUGGCAAUGCUGUCUCCAUCACAUAUCAAAGCAAAGAUCAAUGAGCUGCAACAGAUGACAAUACCAGAAAUCUUCAUUGCCUUUUUCAAGAUGAUUUUCUAUUCUUUCUAUUACUCUGGAUUUGGUGUCUCAAUUGUCAUACGGUACAUUGUGGGAAUUCUGAUGUCGUUAAUGCGAGGUCCACAAAUAGAAGAGCCAGUGGCAGAAGUGAAAGAGGAGGAAAAGCUAGGCCCAGUACGAAUGUUACCAGCAUUACCAGCAACACCUGAUGAAGCUUCAUCACCAACACAGUUGCAGGCAUUUGGACUCGAUAUCACCAAGGAGGACAAUGGGCAGUUCCACAUGGCCCCACAUGAAAGUGCUCCACCAUCACCACAGUCAAGCUUGGAAGAAGGUGGGGAGUCUACCCCAGAAGAAGGGGGAGAAGAGCAUCCAAAGCCUGAGGGCGCUGAAGGAGAACCUCCAUUGUCUCUAGUUGACUUACUUGGGGGUGACGCAGCUCGUAAAGCUGCUGCUGCAACAGCAGAGGCAGCAGCCCAGCAGCAGGCUGUGAUGGCAGCAGUAGAGGCAGAAACAAAACAGGAAGUUGUUGUAGAACCAGCCGCUGUGUCCCAAAUUGACUUCAGUGAGUACACAGCAAGGGCUGUUAGUUUCUUGGCUCGAAAUUUCUACAACCUCAAGUAUGUGGCUUUAGUAUUGGCUUUCUGCAUAAACUUCAUUCUACUGUUCUAUAAGGUAACAACUCUUGGUGAUGAUGGUGAUGAUGGUGAUGAUGGGAGUGGUUCUGGGGAAGACUUGGCUGAUUUGAUGGAUGAAUUGUCUGCUGAAGUUAAUUCAACAGAAGUUCUGAGUGGAGAGGAAAGUGGAGGACAGGAUGAUGAAGAGGAAGAUCCUAUAGAAUUGGUCCAUGUUGAUGAAGAUUUCUUCUAUAUGGCACAUGUUAUGAGGUUAAUGGCAGCAUUACAUACGCUUGUGUCCGUGGCCAUGCUUAUUGCAUAUUACCAUCUCAAGGUGCCAUUGGCUAUAUUCAAGCGAGAGAAGGAGAUAGCAAGGCGACUGGAAUUUGAUGGUUUAUAUAUAGCAGAGCAACCAGAGGAUGAUGAUAUCAAGUCACACUGGGAUAAGCUAGUCAUAUCAGCAAAAUCAUUCCCUGUUAACUAUUGGGAUAAAUUUGUGAAGAAGAAGGUACGCCAAAAAUAUAGUGAGACUUACGACUUUGACUCAAUUAGUAAUAUGCUGGGAAUGGAGAAAACAUCUUUCAGUGCUCAAGAGGAAGAGACAGGAAGUGGCUUUAUACAUUUCAUCUUGAAUAUUGACUGGAGGUAUCAAGUUUGGAAGUCAGGUGUCACAAUCACCGACAAUGCUUUCUUGUACAGUUUAUGGUAUUUCAUAUUCUCCAUCCUUGGAAACUUCAAUAACUUCUUCUUUGCAGCCCAUUUGCUCGAUGUUGCUGUAGGUUUCAAGACAUUGCGCACUAUUCUGCAGUCAGUAACACAUAACGGGAAACAGCUUGUGCUAACGGUAAUGCUGCUGACAAUAAUUGUGUACAUAUACACUGUUAUUGCCUUCAACUUCUUCAGAAAGUUUUAUGUGCAAGAGGAAGAUGAAGAGGUGGAUAAGAAAUGUCAUGACAUGUUAACUUGCUUUGUAUUCCAUUUAUACAAAGGAGUACGUGCUGGUGGAGGCAUUGGUGAUGAAAUUGAACCUCCAGAUGGUGAUGACUAUGAAGUAUAUCGUAUUCUCUUUGAUAUCACUUUCUUCUUCUUUGUCAUUGUCAUUCUGCUUGCUAUUAUUCAAGGUUUGAUAAUUGAUGCUUUUGGUGAGCUGAGAGAUCAGUUGGAUAGUGUGAAAGAAAAUAUGGAAUCCAACUGCUUUAUCUGUGGCAUUGGCAAAGACUACUUUGACACAGUACCACAUGGUUUUGAUACACAUGUCGCAAAGGAGCACAAUCUAGCCAAUUAUAUGUUCUUCCUGAUGCAUCUCAUCAACAAACCAGAUACAGAGUACACAGGUCAAGAGACAUAUGUGUGGAACAUGUAUCAACAGAGGUGCUGGGACUUCUUCCCUGUUGGUGACUGCUUCAGGAAGCAAUAUGAUGAAUUAGGAGGUGGUGGUGGCUAAAGCAAAAAAAAAUUACCUUUACUUCUCUGGAGUUUAAAUAGCAUUCAGUUACUAUUCUACUUAUGAAGGUAUCCAACAAUCUAGUGAAGAGAAUAGAUUAUCACUGAUUGUCCAUACAUUUACUUUUGUAAUAUAUCAGAGUUUCUUUUGUUAAGUACCUUAGAACCCAUGAUUACAGCUUUCCUUGGUAGUAACAGCAUGAACAUACACUGCAUCCUUGCUCCAGGAUGUGAGGAUUAAUAAUAAGAACUAUAAGGAAAAGGAGAAUAAGGAUGCAGUCAGUUACAGACAUUGAAGGAAUUAAGAGUUAAAAAAUAAAACCUAAAAAUGUUCUGCUCCAACAUAAUAAAAUACUUGAAUUUCAUAAUGUUUUAAUGCUCUAAGAGCAUUUACAUAUUUCUGCCCGAAACUUUUAUCCGAUUUGAAGAUUAAAACAAUGUUAACAUAAACAUGCUGUUGUGUGACACAGAUUCUGUCUGUUCUCUUCAAAGUAUGUGCAUGAAGACAUAUCAAAAGAACUGGGCAAUUAAAACCAGUUAAUGAAGUGGUUAAUAGCUUCUGCAGUUAUCUCUUUCCUCAUUAAAAUGCAACUGAAAUAUAAAUAACAGUUUUAAAUUUGUAUUUUUAAUCGAUUUUAAUCGUUAUGUAAAGGGCAAAGCACAGAGCUUGGCAUUAUGUGGGAAGUAAUGUUCAAGUCAGGCAUAUACUGAAGCUGGAUUUUUGAGUAAGAAUACGAGUAUAUCAUGAAAAUGAAACUUGAUCUGUGAGAAGUCUUACAAUGCAAAUUAUGUAGUGAUGCUAAGUGUAUAUUUUAUAACAGAGUGAUGUAAGAGUGAGAAAAAUUUAGUAUGCACGACUGGCCGGUGUCCACAAAUCCCUUUUUAUUGUAUGAUUGCAGUUGUUAAACAUGAGGCAUGAAAGAUUCUGUUCAGGAAGAAUAUUACAUAAAUCAGGUUUCCAUUGAAAUUGAACCUCCAUGAACACAUUGUUCUUUGAAGUCACAGAUUUAAAGCAUUUUAUUUAAAUAUUAUUCCUUCCAGAGUUUUAAAUACAAGUGGACAUUUCACUAUUCAUACUGGAAACUUCCUCUUAUUUUCAAAUCUGACAUAGACUUAGUAUAAUCCUUUAGCUCCCAGUUAUAUGCCCUUACGUAUCUUUGCUAACAGACAUGCACAGAUAAUAUGAAGAAAUUCUCAAUUCUUCGGAUCUCCUGAAUUAUAGGAUAUUGUGUUCCCGAAAAGCAAUCUUUAGUCACUCUUCAGAAUAAUUUAUAAAAUUUUACAGCACUUUCAUGAGCUUUUGCAAUUAAAAUAUCACUAUUUCCUUAACUUAUACAGAUUGGGACAAUAUGAAGAUAGACUUUAUGGUUCUUCACAUGGCAAUAAAAACUGUUCUGGAUUGUUAUCAUAUUUAUGAUUAGUUUUCAAGUUUGAUGCUAAUAUGUAUAAACAUAUUUAAUGUUAACGGUUUAAUAUCCAAAUUGCUCCAUAGUUUACUUUCAGUGGUUGACAGAUUCCCUCUCCCACAAAACAAGGAUUAUGAGAAUGUUUUUUUUUUUUCAUUACAUGUGUAAAGAUGAUUUACGCUAGCAAAUGAAUGCAACAACUCAAGUUAUAAUCUUAGAUAUGUUGAUUAUUAAGUUACUGUAGUUGAUUUGAAUAUUUAAUUUAAAUUGGAAUAGAGUUCCUACAUAAGUCAAAAGACAAAUUUCACAUUGUUAUUUAGAAUCGCAAUUUGGCAUCUUGCUUCUUUUGUAUCCCGUGUAUGUUUAAACUUAUAGUUUAAUUAAAUAUUAUAUUAAAAUAUGAAUCAUAUAUU